AUGUCGCCAUAUCAACACAUCUUCUCCACCAACGCCGUCCUCGGUGUUUGGCGCAAUCUACGCGCCCACCGCGACCAGAAUGAUCUCCUUCUGACAGUGCAGUAUCAGCCGGACGACGUACGCCCGCAGAACAGCCGAAGAAAAGAGAAGGGCCAUGCGACAGAGACAAGCCAUGAAGUGACCGACGGAAAGACUGUGGAAGCCCAAGGCAAGAGCAUCCGCUUCGUCGUCCCAUGGCGCUCCAUGCAAUCUCAGCGCAAAGAAUUGCUCGAGAAAGAAAAAAAACUCGCUGAAGCACUUGUGAUCCGCCACCUCGCCGCCGGUAUCUCGCGCCAAAUGUCCAAACUCGAAGUCCAAAUGCUCGACAACGCGCCUUACUCCACGCGCAAGAAUCUCUUCACCGGCGGCGAAAUCGCGGGCAAGUUCUUGCCCGCCAUCACCGCGCUGUUCCACCAACAUCCCAUCCCGCAGCGCAUGAUCUUCGAACUGCUCAUGGAACUGAAAGACCUGGUAUUCCUAGGCUGUGUAGGCUGCACAGAGGAAGACGACGAAGCAGCCCUGCAAGAAAUCGACGAUGCGCUCGUUCAGGCUAUCACGCCUAUACCCAUCGCCCAAAAUCCACGGCUAAAACGCAAAGAUUCGAAAAUAGCCCUACGCACACCACCGAUUCAGUCUUUCCUAGCCCGAGAUUCAGAGGAAUUGCUCUUCACACUCGAAUCCCUCCAGACUACCGCACACGCAUUGACCCUUCUCCCCCUCCCGAUUCCAGAUUUCUGCGCUCACGCUAUUAUCUCCCUGCGCCGAAUCAUCCCGCGCCAAACGCUCGCAGACUUUGAGAAAACUAAAUCCUCGCGCGACAAGACGUGUGCGCAGUUUGCGAGGUGUGCGAAGUGGGCGCGAACGGAUGGUGGGUGUGGGCGCGGGUGCAAAGAUGAAGAUGAGGAUCAGCGGGAUAUGCCGAGUUGGCAUCGGUGCAGUCGGUGGUUUGAGGAGGGGAGUGGCACUUGUAUGGUGGGCGGUGGACAGCCGGGGAAGAAUGGGAGUGGGGAUGGGGUGAUGGUGGCUUGA